AUGGCGUCGAAUAAUGCUCAGUGCCGCAUUCGCAUUGAACCAAGUUCAGAUAUCAAAGAGGAACAAAUGGCGUCUGAAGAGGGCCUCGUCUUCGUACAGCCUGAUCACGCGGACUCGGAAACGUCAGCGUCAGCAAACCUACCUUUGCUCGAGCACACCAACGGCAACGAGAUCAAUACCGAGACACGUUUGAAAUGGGUCAAAGAGGUCACCGAAGCUUUCCUGGGAGCCUCAAAAGCCGUUCGAUCAGCCAGAGUUCGCGACUUCGAUCUCAUCCUGAAACGUGACAGUUCAAUCGACAUCCUCGUUAACGACUCAUCAGAUACCACGGACGAAAAGGCCCAGCUUAGGACAUAUCCAGCUCGGUAUCAAAUUCCUAAGUCGGUCAUUGACAAGAUUAGUCCUAUUGAAGAACAGAUUAAGCGCACCGAAUUAUUUGCGCUGGGUUGCAUUCUCUAUGAACUCAUUUCUGGCAACACGCUCUUUGCUGAGUUGGACGAUGAGACAAUUCGGACUCGUUACGCUAAAGGGGAGUUUCCGGAUGACGUGUGGGAAUUGUCAAGGGCCGUGAGGAUUCUAGCUUGCUGGUGUCCGGAUAUCGCGAAGCAAUUGCUUGGAGCUCGUGGGAAUGACAACAUCCGCGAGAAAUUCGUCAAAUAUGUUCAGAAGCACCCCAUCCUCUUUGGCUUCCAAGUACUCGGAGGUGUAGCAUCUAUAGCUUCUCUCGCAGCAUUGCCCGUUCUAGGUGCUAUUGGAUUCGGAGCUCUGGGACCAACUGCGGGUUCCGCGGCAGCAGGUUGGCAGGCCAGCGUGGGUCUCAUUGAAGCCGGAAGCCUGUUUGCUUGGUGUCAGAGUGCAGCCAUGGGUGGUGCAGCUGUGGGUGGAAUCUUGGCGACUGGAUUGGGAGGUGCUGGGGUUGCUAUUGGGGCAAGUGUAGCGGGUGCGUUGGAUGUAGCUGCUGGGGAAAAGCAGAUGCCGGAUUUGAAAGAGAGAUUCUUGACGGCUUGGAAGCUGCAGACUGUAGAUGACACGGCGAAGGAGGAGAUUGUGGUAGUGGAAGUUGAUAGGAAAGAGGAAGUGAAGGAAGCUACGAAAGUGGAUGUGAAGACGAAGAUACCUCGCAUUCUGAGGUUGUAG